CCGAGGCUUCACCCUCCGGUCAUCGGACGGUCGUCACACCGCAAAAUUGGCAUCCCGGCGCCCAGUCAUCCCCCGGAGGAGAAGACGACUUCGUCGAAGGUCGAAGUCCCGUGGCUUCACCACUCCAACCCUCGCCAUCUCUCGGCCAUCUCGACGUCGAUUCACCUCCUCGCUUCGAACUUAGAGUUCAGGGUGAUCCGGUUUUUGAUUCCGUUUGGAAUUCUUCCGGUUUGUCGUUCCUCGAAUCUAGGGUUUUACAGGUCUGCAACACCGCCGGAAUCCUCCCCUCGGUCCGUUUUCUCAUGAUACUGGGGCAAGGUUUCGGUCGAAUGGACUAGUUGUGGGCUUUAGCAUGUUUUGUUGCCCGUCUUUGGAUUUCCCAUUGUCGCGAGAAGAUCUCUGCUGAUGGCUUAACUUGGGUGGAUCUUGCGAUCUUGAAGGAUGAAGUGAGCAUUGAUGACUCUCUUUGUCGCCAAAUGCGAUCUUUUUUCGUUUAAUCUUGGGAGGUGCACAUUGUUGAGGACCCUCGUUGGAUUUGUUUGCAGCCCAUCGAUUGGUGCUCUUAUUUUGGCUUGAGUUAUGCUUAGAAGUAGAGGGAGAUUGGGCCAGGUGAGAGUCGUUUUACCUGAUGAAGACUGUCGAGCAACUAUACCUGAGUGUAUUAUCUUAUACCCCACCCAUAUGGGCCACGGCCGUUGGUGCUGUUCUACUCGUACUCACCCUCUUCCUCUCCAUGUUCCUUCUGUUCCAACACCUUUCCGCAUACAAAAAUCCAGAGGAGCAGAAGUUUCUAAUUGGUGUGAUCCUAAUGGUCCCUUGCUAUUCCAUUGAAUCGUAUGUAUCACUGGCGAAUCCAUCCAUCAGCGUUGAUUGUGAGAUUUUGCGUGAUUGUUAUGAGGCCUUUGCCAUGUAUUGCUUUGGAAGAUAUCUUGUUGCUUGCUUGGGUGGUGAAGACAGAACAAUUGAACUUUUGAAGAGGCAAGGUGCCUCCAGUUCUAAAACACCCUUGUUAGAGAAUGCUUCUGAGAAGGGAGUAAUAAAGCAUCCAUUUCCGAUGAAUUACAUUUUGAAGCCCUGGAGACUGGGCGAGUGGUUUUACCGGAUUAUCAAGAUUGGAAUUGUUCAAUAUAUGAUAAUAAAGACUGUAACUGCAGUUUUAGCUGUAAGUCUUGAAACUUUGGGAGUAUAUUGUGAUGGAGAGUUUAAAUCGACUUGUGGGUACCCUUACAUGGCUGUGGUUCUCAAUUUCAGUCAGUCAUGGGCGUUGUACUGUUUAGUUCUAUUUUAUACUGCUACAAAGGAUGAACUAGCUCAUAUAAAGCCACUGGCCAAGUUCCUGAUGUUUAAAUCAAUCGUCUUUCUGACAUGGUGGCAAGAUGUGGCAAUUGCACUACUCUACAGUUGGGGUUUGUUCAAAAGUUCUAUAGCUCAAACUUUACAGUCUAAAUCAAGUGUGCAGGACUUCAUUAUUUGUAUAGAGAUGUGUGUUGCGGGCAUUAUCCAUCUCUAUGUGUUCCCUGCCAAGCCAUACAAGUUGAUGGGUGACUGCUUCCCUGGAUGUGUUUCUGUUCUCGGAGACUAUGCAUCUUUGGAGUGCCCUUUAGACCCUGAUGAGGUGAGAGACAGCGAAAGACCCACAAAACUGAGACUCCCCCAGCCUGAUGUUGAUACCAAAACGACAGCUAUUAGAGAAAGCUUUUGUGAUGUUGUUCUCGGAGGUGGAGAAUAUAUCAUAAAUGAUUUGAAGUUUACAGUUAACCAAGCAGUGGAGCCCAUGGAGAAGGGUUUCACACGAUUUAAUCGGAAUCUUCACAAAAUCUCCGAGAACAUAAGAAAGCAUGAAAAGAAGAAGUUGAAAACUAAGGAUGACAGAUCCACUGGGUCGACUUCACCUAGCCCACAAGUUUUUCAUGGAAUUGAUGAUCCGCUACUAUAUGGAAGCAUUAGCGACAGCGGGGCCAAAAGAGGAAGAAGACAACGCCAGAAAUCAGGAUAUACAAGUGCAGAAAGCGGGGGAGAAAGUAGUGAUCAUGGCCAUGGUGGGUAUCAGAUCUAUGGAUUCCGGUGGGUUACUAAGGACUGAGAAAAUCACUUUACAUUAUUGGCAUGAAUGCAUAAAAUUUUUGCCUAAUCUGCAAUGAGUCGGGCAGUUCAUGUCGAAGUGAGUUCUGUUCAUACACCUUGAUUGGCUUUAGGAAAAGAAACAGGGCCUUCUCUCAUCUUGGAUGUCUGAUACUGAUGAUGCAAGCAGUGAGUAUCCACAUGCCACAACAUAUAUCUGUCACAUUUAAUAUCUCUAUCUCACCAUUUGGCAGGGUUAUACUGAUUGGAAUCUUUGUGUAUCAUCGGUAGCCAAAGUACUUGGUUUUUAGAAUAUUUGAUACACAUUGUAGGGGCAUUGGUGUGCCAUUUUUAUUUGGAAAUAAGCCCCAUGAUUGGUGAAAUGUUUUUUUUGUGAGACAUUUAUAAUCUCAUGUUAAUGAGUCAAUAGGCCACCAGUGGAUGACUAA